UUUUAGUUUCGUCUGAACCGGAAGUUGAAUACCUCUUGUCUCUUAUUUGUUUCCGGUUGCGACAGGCGGCUCUUGACCCCCCCGGCUUGAUUGAGGACUGUUGCUCUUUCCGACUCUCUUCGGUCCAAUUUUAACACGUGCCAGGGCCCCCCCCUCUCCAAGUGUGGUCCCUCAUGGGCGGCUGGUCUAGCAGUGCUGUGCUGGGGCUGUACCGGGCGCUGCUCCGUGCAGGGCGUCACCUUCAGUACACAGACCGCAACUACUACCGCCGCGCUGUGGCCCGUGAGUUUCGCCGCUGCAAAACUCUGACGGCACCCGAAGACAAGGAAGCAGCUCUGAAGAGGGGCCAGUUCUUCCUCAGCAGCCGACUGGGUGGGCUUAUGUAGGGGGUUUGGGGGGGUGGGGGUUGGCAUCUGGAGGUGGGGUAAAGGUCAUCUGCAAGUAUCUCCCAGGAUGGCAGGAGUGAACGGAGGCCGUAAAGGGAAGAAAGAUGACAAUGGCAUUGGCACAGCCAUCGACUUCAUGCUUUCCAAUGCGAAGCUCGUUCUGGGCGUCGGUGGAGCAGC